AUGUUCUCAGUUACAGUCCACCGCUAUGUCUCUGCACCGUGUCCCGUGUGUCUCUGCAUCGUGUCCCGUGUGUCUCUGCACCGUGUCCCGUGUGUCCCUGCAUCAUGUCCCCUGUGUCUCUGCAUCGUGUCCCGUGUGUCUCUGCAUCGUGUCCCGUGUGUCUCUGCAUCAUGUCCCCUGUGUCUCUGCACCGUGUCCCGUGUGUCCCUGCAUCAUGUCUCCUGUGUCUCUGCAUUGUGUCCCGUGUGUCUCUGUAUCGUGUCCCCUGUGCCUCUGCAUCGUGUCCCCUGUGUCUGUCCAGGUGCCGUCUCCCUGACAGGACUCUACCUGGUCUACGGAUACGGGGCCUCUCUGAUCUGCAACCUCAUCGGGUUCGUCUACCCGGCUUAUUAUUCGGUCAAAGCCAUCGAGAGUGCGAGUAAAGAGGACGACACCAAGUGGCUGACCUACUGGGUGGUCUACGGCGUCUUCAGCAUCGGGGAGUUCUUCUCCGACAUCUUCCUCUACUGGUUCCCCUUCUACUACGCCUUCAAGUGUCUCUUCCUGUUGUGGUGCAUGGCUCCGGUGACGUGGAACGGCUCACAGAUCAUCUACGACAAAGUGGUACGACCCAUCUUCCUCCGCCACGAGGCCGCGGUGGACAACAUGGUGAGCGACCUCGGCGGCAGAGCCAUGAACGCCGCCGAGAGCCUCACCAGAGAAGUCCUGUGCCACCUGGUGAAGAACAAAGCGCUGGUGACUCCGUCAACCAAUCAGCAGGAAGCUUUACCCAGCUCCUCUCGAGUCGCUCCGUCACAGCCGAGCAGAGAAGAAGAAGAACGGCCGCCUUUCCUGGGUUGACCAGUACAUCCUUCAGAUAGCAGCGGAGGAAGAGGAGGAGCCUACUGGGAGAAAGAGGAGGAGCCU